AUGAACACUUGACAUUUCAGGGUCAAAGAGCUUGGACACAUAACACACGACUCGGAUCCACUCGGAUAAAGCGCGUGUGGCAGCGCAGGGGGAGUGGGCAGCACGAUGAUAACCAUGAUUUAGCAAACAUUACAACGUGCUAAACCCAUUCUAGCGUGCUUUAUGCUGAAGUUUUGAAACGAUGCGAGUUUUGCUUCCGGUCAAAAAAACUCAAGAUGGCGCUGCACAUGAGGAGGACGCUGCUGUCAUUCAAUCGAACGACAUACAAUACUUUAAAGGCCCCAGAGGUUUUGGACAUCCGUAGCCCUGUCCCUCUGUUGCUGACCGUGAGAACAAAGAAGCGCUACUUUAUUCCUCCAGCAGUUGGUCUUAAAAAAAAAGGGAGUGCUAACCCAGAGGCACAUGCCCGAGCUGCAGGCAUUGUUUUCAGACAGGAGUACAUUGAGAGGCCCAUCAACAUUGCCUGCACUGCUGGAAUAUUUGACCCAUACAUCCCUCCUGAAGGUGAUGCUCGUCUCUCCACUUUGUCCAAAGAAGGAAUUAAACAAAGAACAGAACAGAUUCGACAGAGCGCUGCUUCACAACUUGCAAUUCGUAAAAUCAAAGAAAAUGACCCCGAGUUCUCAUCAAAGACUUUUGCAGAAAAAGCUCAAGAAAUCUUCAUUGAAGCUCAUAAUGCAUUAUCAAACUUCAAUAAAGAAAGACUUCAUUCCCUAGUAACAGAGAGAUGUUACCCUGAGAUGACUCGAGGAAACCGAUACAAGACGAUUCGCUGGAGAUUUCUUGAGUCUUUGGAGCCUCCACGGGUUGUUCAUGCUCGGUGUCCAGACAUGGUUUCCAAAGGCAAUCUGUACGGACAGGUCACAGUCCGCAUGCACUCAAAACAGACUCUAGCCAUUUACGACCGCUUUGGCCGGCUGAUGUUGGGAGGAGAGGACCAGCCUAAAGAUGUGUUGGAAUAUCUGGUGAUAGAGCGCCACCUAGUGAACCCUUAUGGAAGCUGGAGACUCCAUGGGAAGAUCGUGCCAUCUUGGGCUCCUGCCAAAGAUCCUAUUAUUAAGACUGUACGGAUUCCUGGUCCAGAACUGAAGCCGUGGGAAGAGUUUGACUCUCAGAACUACCAAGUACCAAAACCUGAAGCAGUGCAGUGGUACAAGUAACACCAGAGGGGGCUGUUCUCUUUGAACAAAAAACACUGACUGUGAUAAUAAAAUGUAUGGGCCAGUGGAAGCCUUCAAUCCAGCUUUAGUUGGAUAGUUUCAGUGUGCCCCGAUCGAUCUCAAUCACGGAUCCUAUCACUGUAUUCCUGCAGUUUCUUUGUUAUUACUAUUGAAUCUUAGGUACAUGACUUAAGUGGGUGACAUACAUCAGUUUGUUCUACCUGAAAGGCCCAAUUAUCUUAACUGCAAACUCAAACCUAUCAAAUGUUUAAAUAAAGAAUAAUUUGUUUACUAUUGUGUUUUUAUAAUGGAUGAGGCUAACAACUGAGGAUAUGCACUGGCGUCUAAGGAUCCCUUCCAACAGUUGAGAAUUCAUAAUGUACAGCAAAAAAUUUUUACGUCUGUAAAUACAUAGGCUAACACCGUGUUUGUUGAGUUCUUAUCUGUUCACAUAGUUUCUAUGCUUGGUUGUUAAAGGUUUUGUACCGAUAAAACAUAAUUGAAAUUUCUGUGAA